UUUCUCUACUCACUUCCACCAGCCUCCCACCUCUAUGGGCCAAUGGCGCUUCUUCUUCUCUCUCCACGUGCUUUUCACCUCCCACUUAUAUAAACUCCCUUUCCCCCGACUACCCAAAUCCCCAAAUCUCCAGAGCAAAAUCCAUGGCUCUUGUUCGAGACCGCCGCCCUCUCAACCUGCGUCUCCCCAUCUCCGAGCUCUCCGACCGCCGCCCACGCUUCCCCUUACCCCUACCUCCUAAUACUACCACUACCACUGCCAACGCCUCCUCCGCCGCCAUCUCCGCCUGUGACCUCGAAAAGCUUCAGGUUCUCGGGCACGGCAAUGGCGGCACGGUCUACAAGGUCCGCCAUAAGCGCACCGGCGCUUUCUAUGCGCUCAAGGUCGUCCACGGCGAAUCCGACUCCGACACCGCAGUCCGCCGCCAGGUCUUCCGGGAGAUGGAGAUCCUCCGCCGGACCGACUCCCCCCACGUGGUCAGCUGCCACUGCAUCUUCGAGAAACCGUCCGGAGACAUCGCGAUUCUGAUGGAGUACAUGAAUCUCGGCACCCUGGAGUCGCUGCUCAAGACCCACGGGACCUUCCCCGAGCCCUGGCUCGCCGACGUGGCGCGCCAGGUUCUUAACGGUCUUAACUACCUCCACGGUCACAAGAUCAUUCACCGUGACCUUAAACCCUCGAAUCUGUUGGUCAACGAGAAGAUGGAGGUGAAGAUCGCUGACUUCGGAGUCAGCAAGAUCAUGGGCCGAACGUUGGACGCGUGUAACUCCUACGUGGGCACGUGCGCGUACAUGAGCCCCGAGCGGUUCGACCCGGACACGUACGGCGGGAACUACAACGGGUAUGCCGGAGAUAUAUGGAGCUUGGGGCUGACCCUGUUGGAGCUGUACUUGGGUCAUUUCCCGUUUCUGCCGCCGGGUCAGAGACCCGACUGGGCGACCCUGAUGUGCGCGAUUUGCUUCGGCGACCCGCCGAGCCUGCCGGAAGAUGCGUCGGAGGGGUUUCGGAGCUUCAUCGAGUGUUGCUUGCAGAAGGAGUCGAGUAAGAGGUGGUCGGUGGAUAAGCUGUUGACCCACCCUUUUGUGUGUAAAGAUCCGAGAUGAGUUUCGGGUUAACGGAUCUAACAAUUUUGGGCACUGCUUCUUGAAGUUUUUUGUGUAUGAGGGGCUGGAUCCGAAUUUUGUUUUUUCUGUACCGUCUCUGUACAUUCCUUCAAAUCUUCUUGUUUCGGUAACUAUUAGCAGUAAAAAAUCUGCUUUUGAAAUAGAAGAAAUUACAUUUAUUAACUUUA